UGCGACAGUUCGGGAUUGUACACGCGUCAGUUCGCGUCGCGGUUUUCUAAAUUGUCUCUCAAAUAAUUCUGAAAUUUUUAGACGUCAUUGUCGUGCGUAAUUGGCAUAACGUUAUUCGGCACAUUUCGUAACGUAGUUUAUUUUGCAUUUGUCAAUUACGAUUUUGACAAGAAGGUUGCUAAAAUAAGGGGAACCAUGUGUGUACGCACGGUAGUCGGUACCGAGAGCAGUGAGCCGGUAGCGGUAUACAAUCAGCAGAACAAAUUUCAAAAAGCGAAAGAAAAGUACAUGAAAUUACACGAUGAAAUGGUUGCUAAAGAAUUGGAAAUCAUUGAACAACAAAAAGCUCAGACGGUCCUUAUACCAGAACUUGCCGAUGACAUCUUGAGAGCUAGCACCAUAAACUACAGCUCGUUGCUGAAAGUAUUAUCGAAGUAUUACGAGGCAAUACAGCAAACAAAGAUCUUCAAAAUUUUGUUCUAUACCACGCAACCAGCUCACGUAAUCAUGAUCGCAGCGGUGCUGUGCGUAACGUCGGCUCUUGUGUCGACAACGGAGAGAACACAUGCAGGUCAUUCCCAAUCCAGAGCAACUUCGUUUAUCUACCUAGCUUCGUUCGUGAUGCAUCUUGGUGCUCAAAUCUGGAUGACAUUCGUCUCGGGUCUCUCUUUGUAUUUCGCAUUGCCAAGACACACGUUCGGAGAGGUACAACGUAUUCUGUUCCCAAGAUACUUUACCAUCAAUGCUUGUCUCAGCUUCACCACCCUUCUGAUCUUCGUGAAGUAUCAUCCGUUACAUACGUGGACCACUGAAAUUGCUAUUCAGACAUCUCCAAAAAAACUAUGUACAUCACCAGUUUCUCAAGAUAAUGGUGUGAAAAAUGUAAUGAGUAAGACAAAAGCUGUGAGAAAAGUGCAAUUGAAAGAAAAUGAAUUCAAACCAGAAUUAGAACCAUUAUUAAAGGAAAAUCCACGUAGAUUUGUUGUCUUUCCUAUUCAAUGGCCUGAUAUUUGGCAAAUGUAUAAAAAAGCGGAAGCUUCCUUCUGGACUGUGGAGGAAGUUGAUCUUUCUAAGGAUACAUUUGAUUGGGAUCGUUUGACUUCUAGUGAGAAGCAUUUCAUAUCUCAUGUAUUAGCAUUUUUUGCAGCCUCUGAUGGAAUUGUCAAUGAAAAUCUUGUUGAACGAUUUAGUCAGGAAGUACAGAUAACAGAGGCACGUUGUUUCUAUGGCUUCCAAGUAGCUAUGGAAAAUGUGCAUUCAGAAAUGUACUCAUUAUUAAUUGAUACGUACAUUGCAGAUGCCAAAGAAAGAGACUUUUUAUUUAAUGCCAUUGAAAAUUUACCCUGUGUUGCAAAAAAAGCUAAUUGGGCAUUGAAUUGGAUAAACCAUGAAACCGCUACUUUCCCUGAACGUGUAGUCGCAUUUGCCGCAGUAGAAGGUAUUUUCUUCAGUGGUAGCUUUGCUGCCAUUUUCUGGUUAAAGAAGAGAGGACUUAUGCCAGGACUUACGUUCAGCAAUGAACUUAUUUCUAGGGAUGAGGGAUUACAUUGUGAUUUUGCAUGUUUAAUGUUUAAACAUAUUAUACAAAAGCCGUCUUCUGAGCGAGUUACGUCAAUUAUUAAAGAUGCUGUGGAAAUUGAACAAGAAUUUUUAACAGAUGCAUUACCUGUUGAAAUGAUAGGCAUGAAUUGUAAACUUAUGUGUCAAUAUAUCGAAUUUGUCGCAGACAGACUGCUCGUGGAGUUAGGUUGUCAGAAGGUGUAUAUGUCCGAAAAUCCAUUUGAUUUUAUGGAGCAUAUUUCUUUGGAAGGUAAAACAAACUUUUUUGAGAAAAAAGUUGGAGAAUACCAAAAGUGGGGAGUCAUGCAAGAUAGAAUUGAAAGUAAUUUUACAGUUAAUGCCGACUUUUAAUGUUAAGUAUUUUCCUGUCGUGAUAUUUUUUCGUUUAUUAGGACUUAUUAUUUGACAAAUAAUUCUAGUAUUUAUUUUUAAUUGGAACUUUUAUAUUUUGACGAUAAUAUUUGACAUCCAUAUCUAGAUGUAUGUACUUCUUUUAUUGUCCACCUUUUGAAGUUGUGAUUAUUAUACUUCACAAUAUUGUCUUGUACAUCAUCUGUUAAUCUCAUUGUCAAAUUGUAAUCAUGAUUAUGUGCUGUAAAUCGAAGCUUGAAGCUUAAAAUUUCAUGAAAUAACAUGUGCAUCAAGUUUGUAUAUAAAAUACGCAAAAGUCUGUGACAAAAACAAAUAUUUAAUAAUUGAGACUAUAAUAAUAUUACAGUAUUCAUAGAAGAUUUUUGUACAUACUUAAUGUAGUUUAAUAAACAAAAUUUAUAUUGUGAGUAAUAGGCAAUAAUUG